AUGACGCUGAAUCUCAAUUUGCCACCAAACAACUCUCAGAGCCCCACUUUAUCAUCAUCCGAAACAGAAAUAGCAUCGGCUCCGUCCACCGCUGGCCGGAUUCCACCUGAUGAGUAUACUCACGGAGAGUUCGAAAACCAGCCCGACGUUGAGAACGAUCUCAAUCGCCCCGUGCAAGGGUACCCUGAAUUGGCCAAGCUGAUUGUGGACUACCCCGACUUUGAAGCGUUUCAAUCCUUCAAAGAUCUGAGUAUCAAAAGCCUGCUUUACCACCAAGCCGAGCUAGAUAAGCUGAGAAAAGACCUCCAUAAGCUGGAAUGGAGAGACUUCCAGAAUGAACCAUUUCCCGACGCAAAAAAGUGUUGUGUGAGAGCAAGCACCAUAUUACUUGGCAAGGAUUCAGAAAAUGUGAAUGCUAGAAAGCAGUAUAACCUAAUUAAGAGAAUACGAGAGGUUUUGAAGGAAUACCAUGAGGAACUGCUCCGAUAUUCACAGAUCACAGCCCUGCCAGAAGCUGACAGUUUCAACGUGAAUAGUCUCCGCACCUGGCUGAGCAAACGCGACUUAGAAGAACAAAUUCAAGGGCCGGGCUCAAAGAGCUGGGAAGCUCUGGACAGUGAAGCCACUCCACAGCGAAAUUCUCUCUGGUCCAGAACCUGGGGAAUUAUUCGCAGCCCAUUCUGGACGCCAACGCCAGAGAAGUCCAAAUUUGAUCUCGUCGUUCCUCGUGCUGGCACCAAAGUAGAUGGCCUUGCUCGAUGGGUUGCCAACGAGUUCGUACCGUAUUACCAGUACUUGAAGGAUCGCAAGGAGAAUCUAAAACAGGCUUCAGUUGAUGAAGAGAGUGGAACCGAUAAAGUGAAGGAGAAGGAACGCUGUGCUUCUUCGACCAAGGGAAAUAGAACUUUUGGAGUCUUCCCAAGUUUUAAGCUCAAGAGCUCAGCACAGAAAGCAGCAGACCCCGAGAAGCCGACUAUAACCUCAUACAGAGAAGGUCCCAUGCUACGCUUCACCUCCUUCAUAGCCACCAUCGUAGCCUGCCUUCUUCCUACCGUUGCAAUCGCAGUUCUCGCUCAACUGCAUACUAUAGGAGAGCUACUUGGCAUCAUUGCCGUGUUCACCGCUGUUUUUGCCGGUGGGCUAAUGAUGCUUGUGGAUUCGGGGACGUCGAGAGUCGAAAUCUUCACUGCAACUGCUGCAUUCUCUGCGGUGAUGGUCGUCUUUGUUCAGAACCAGAAUGGUGGGGCAAAUACUUCAGGUGGCACUUCGCUGGCUCUGAAUGGAACGCAUGUCUAG